AUGCCUCCCCGCAGGACAAUCUACCUCCCGACAAAGGACUAUGAGCUCCCAGACAUCGACAUCUUGACCUUGAUCUACGACUCUCCUGAAUCCUGGACCCAGGAAAACACGGUUGUACAUGCUGAGGCCGCGCUUCCUUCUAACGCCAUCACGAAGGCCCAAGCUCGUGUCUACACAAAACGACUAGCAUGGGUAUUCAGGCACGUCUUCUCUAUCGGCACAAAUGGGCCCGGCAAAGAUGUCGUUGUCUGCAUCUCUUCCGGACAGAUACUGCUGAGUAACGUCUUCUACGGGGUGAUUGCCGCCGGAGGGGUAUUUUCCGCUGCGAGUUCCGCCUUCACCGCAGGAGAGUUGGCGCGGCAGAUUAAGCAGGGACGAAGUUCAUGUAUAGUCUGCAGUGAGGACUGCAGGGAUGUGGCAAUCAAGGCGGCGAAGGAAUGUGGCGUGCCGGCGAGCAGGGUUUUGGUGUUAGAGAGUAUGGGUGGGAAGAGAGUACUUAGGGACGUAGAAAAGAAGGGACAGAACUGGCUGGAUGGUGGAGAAGUGGAAUGGGUUAAGAGAGGUGACUUGUUGGACUGGGAGAAGAUCACGGAUAAGAAGACGUUGAAGGACCGAGUGGUCUGCUUACUUUAUAGCAGCGGGACGACGGGGGUUCCCAAAGGAGUCAAUAUCUCGCACGCAAACCUCGUCUCCGAAGGCUUGAUUCCCCAAUACCAAAUCCGCGAAUACUUUGCGCGCCAGCGUCGUCUCAAUCCAGCCUAUAGGUUCGAAUACCGCACAUUAGCACACCUCCCGGCAGCCCAUAUUGCUGGGUGCCAGGGCUACUUUGUCAACCCGUCCAUCGCUGGCGGCCCCGUGUUUUGGAUGCCAAAAUUCGACUUCCCACUCUUUCUCGAAUACAACAGACGCUACAAGAUCACUACCUUCUUCACGGUCCCACCGAUAUACCUUCUCAUUGCGAAAAGCCCUCUGGUUACCGAUCAGUUUGCAAGCCUUGUGCACGCAAUCACCGGCGCGGCGCCGAUGGGCCCAGAACUACAGGCCAUGGCGGAGAAGAAGUUGGGGUGCCAAAUUUCGCAAACAUGGGGCCUUUCAGAGACAACGGGCAGCGUGACAGCCAUGCCUUGGGACCAGAAGGAUGAAACGGGGAGUGUAUCUCCUUUAUUACCGAACGUGCGGAUGCGAAUCGUCGACGACGAGGAAAAUGACGUCGAAGAAGGCCAGGAAGGAGAAUUCAUCGUCCAAGGACCCAUGAUCACGACAGGCUACUGGGCCAACGAAACCGCGACGAAAGAAGCAUUCACCAAGGAUGGGGCGUGGUUCAAGACGGGAGACGUAGGUCUCUGCAAGGAUGGCAAAUUCUACGUGGUGGACCGCAAGAAGGAACUGAUCAAGUACAAAGGCCUCCAAGUCGCGCCUGCGGAACUGGAAGCCCUUCUCCUCUCGCACAAGCUCAUCCUCGACGCGGCCGUCAUCGGCGUCCCGGACCCGUCGGGUAGUGGCAACGAAUUACCACGCGCGUACGUCGUGGCGGACCAGUCCAUGAUAUCGGAAAGCGAGAUCAAAGCCUUUGUCAGCCAGAACCUGGCCCAGCACAAGCAGUUGAGAGGCGGGGUGGUUUACCUGGACGCGAUUCCCAAAAGCCCGAGCGGGAAAAUUCUCAGGCGCGAGUUGAGGGAACUGGCUAAGCGGGAGCGCGUGGCGGGACGAGCGAAGAUUUAG